AUGGCGAACAAGUCCGUGGCUGACCGGCUUGGAGGGGUGGAAGCGGCGCUGCAAAAUGUGCAGCAGCUCGCUAACGCGACCGCGAAAGGGGUUGGGAAGGACCGUGCGCUGCGGCAACAGGUCUGCUUCUGCCAGGGUGGGUUCCGCGCCACUGUGGAGGAGGCCUUGCAGAGGUGGCAGGAUGGGGCAAAGGAGGUCAAGGCUGAAGGCUCUGCGUCUGCUUCCGCUGCUGCUGCUCCUAGACCGCUCCCGUUCAAGUUUCAGUUCUUCUCGCUCGUGGUGGGCCAGCUGGAGGAACAGGGCAUGGAUGCUGAGGUCGCGCGAGGACUCAAGGAGCUUCGUCCGGAGGAGACGGUUGAAGCCUUGCAGUUUAAGGAGCCUCCUGAAGAUGUCAGCAAAGCCUGGGUCGUGGUUCUGUUGUUUAAGGCUACGUGGAGUGGCAUGUCGGCAUGGGCCCUUCUCAACAGUCCCCCGAUCAAGAAGGUUGUGGCCAAGCGUGAUGGGGCGUAUCCUCAGUUGGGGUUGCGUCAAGGGAGGUUUGUGCCUGGGCCCAUCCAGCGUAGGGUGUUGGAGGACUUGGGUCAUACCUCGGAGGAAGUUCGGAGCUGGUUUGCUGGGGGGAAAGGGAGCUCUGGGAAGGGUGGGGGUGGCGAGCGUGGAGCCGGACAGAAACGCGGCGCUGGGACCAGACUGUCGGUUUCGGAGGGACGGGACAAGAAGCGUAUUGAGACCGAGGCGGAAAAGGCAAUGCAGGGUGUUGGCUUUUUGUUGAACAGCGACAUGCAGAGGGCAUGGAAAGACGCGGAUCAGUUCUGUGAGUAUGGUGGCGGGCGGUUGAUGCGGAUUAGGCUCUGUGUUAAGGGACGCUUUUUCAGUGUUAUUUCGUGUUACGCUCCUACGUUCCGUUGUUUUGACGAGGAGAAGGAGGAGUUUUAUGAGGCGCUGGGUGAGAUGGUUGACAAGAUCCCGCAGAAAGAUGAAAUAGUUGUUUUGGGCGGCUUUAAUGCGCGAGUGGGGUUGGCUAAUGAGGUGAGAGGCUUUAUUAACAAGUGGUGGGUGGCAAAGGUGUCGGAAAUACAAGCGAGGGUGGAUGCCAAGGAUCACAAUUACCAGUUUGCGGGUUACAAGGAGCUGCGGCGUGUUUUGGCGAUCGGCAGAAAAAGUCCGUGCAAACUUCGCGAUGCUAAGGGCAAUCUGAUAUUAACCAGGCUCAUUUCGAUCCUACGUGAGUACUACUCGGGUAAAAAGGCGAGGAUUAGCGUGGAAGGUGGCUUGUCCGAAGAGUUUGAUCUGGAAACAGGCCUUGGGCAAGGGUGUUGCGUUGCUCCGCUGCUCUUCAACAUUUUCUUGGCUGCUGUUGUUGAGGCUUGGGUUGGGGAGUCUGGUGGAGGGGUACACUGGCUCACACGAAUUGGCGGGGCACUGUUACACGGGGAAGUGCAGGGCAAAUACUCGUCAUGGGAAGCGUUAGAUCUUCAUGAACUAGGUUAUGCUGAUGAUGCAGCACUUAUCGCCGAUACGCUUUCGCAACUGCGUGGAGUGGCUAAAGGUUUCCAGCUUCAUCUCCGAGAAUGGGGUCUUCAAUUGUCGGUCGAAAAGACUGAAGCCAUGUCGUCUGCUCCGGGCGCGCGUGCACCUAUUCCAGUUGAGGAGUUUGAAGGCUUCGACGCUGUUAAGUUCUCCGAGUACUUUGAGUUGGAACUGGCGUCUGGGGGUCGGGAAGCAUUGGCGCGAACGCUGAUGACCGAAGUUCGCGAAAGGGUACGCGCAAAUCCGGAGGUGGAUAUGGAGGAGUUGUGUUGCGAUUUGGUGGAAUGUUUUCAGGGCGCGGAAACGGAGGGUGAUCUUGCCAUGUUUCGGUUGUUGGUGUCCACUGUUCUACUCUCCCCACAAGCGAACUUGACGGAGUUCUCGCGCUCUCCUUAUACCGGUGAUGAUGCCAAGGCUAUCUUGGACGGCACUGCGCCGCCUAAGUAUUGGAAUCUCCGGAAUGCGGUUACGACGAGGGUGGAUGCUCUGGAGACCCAAGUGCGUAACGUGGCGUGUCUUGCGAGUGCUACUGCAAAGCGGGUUGGGGAGGACAAAGUCCCGAGGCAAUGGGUGGCUUUCGUCCAAGGGCCGUGUCGGGCGAAGCUGGAAGAAAUCUGUGCGGGAUGGAAAGAUGGAGCCAGCAGGGCCAGGGAGGGUGUGGCAGCGGCGACGUCCGGCGAGUCCAAAGUCGUGCCGUUCAAGCUGCAGGUCUUCAACCUGUUUGUUGAGCAGUUGGCGGAGCAGGGGCUUGACAAGGAAGUUCUGGGGGGGCUGCGAGGCUUUAGGCCUGGCGGAUCAAGAUACCAGUAUGUCCAAAAGAAAAAGAAUGACACCUACAAAGCAGUUAUUCCACGGGGUGCCAAGCGUCAUUCUUUUGGGCCUUUCUCAUCGGAAGAAGAUGCUGCCAGGGCAGUCAAGGAUUUUCUUGAGCGCUGGGAUACAGGAGAUGCUCCCACCACGAGAGGCGCAAAACGGGAGGAGAAGCAUACCAAGUCUAUUCAGUUGCAGUUGGAUGAGCUCAAUGUCAAUGCGAAAAAGGUUGCUCAUGCCGCUGCCAAGGGAGUUUUCUUGGCUGGCGUCGGGGAAUUCGAGUCUUUCCUUGACAGAACCAGCAAUUCCUCGUUGGCCAUGCUGGUACCACAGACUCCCAAAGUCCGCUCGAUUUUGCAAUCUCGCGGCGUCGAGUUUGCCGAGCGCCUCGCUACACCGGAUGCUCAGUUCGAGGCUCCGGUACCUACAGUUGAGGUUGCUAUUGACAUCGAAAUCCAUUGCAUUGACCCCUGCAUGCAGCGGGGAGUUGACAAAAAUGCGCGCUACGCAUUUAAGCAAAUAGUGCACGCUGCCUUUUCAGAACAGAUUGUCUCGGAGUGCUACUCUGUUUUUGUUCGUGCUUCGGUCCUGCAGGGCAUCAUCAAGAUCCCAGUCUCUCAAUUGAUCAAUGUCCUACGUCGCCCAGGCCCUGAUGGCAUCUUUGCUAAAGAGAAGUGGCGGGCGCAACCCGUUCAACUCCCUUUAGCUUUGAUCCACCAAUCACAGUUGCGCGAGAAGAACUGGGAUAAUGCAGUCAAAGCUGCUUCUGAGCUCUCCGGCUUCGCUGGAGUCCACCGCAGCGCCACAGGUUCAAAAAGCCUUCGUUUUGACGACAAGGGUAUCGCCAAGGCUCGUGAGACAUUGUGUGUCUCAGGACUUUAUUCUGAUGACAACAUUAGUGUUGUUGCCACACAUUUCUUUCAGGUUCAAGGCAUUCCCAGCGGAACCGCUGCUGCGGCGGUCUGUGCCGGCCUGCGUCAGUGGGGAUGGACUGUCAUCCCUGUCAAAAGUUGGCCGCUGUCCCCCACGCAUGCAAUCUGGCUUGUUGGUUCGGCCACCGAGCCUCCAGGGAAGUUCCUGGUUUUGCAAGACGUUACUGUCACAGUUGUCAAGGAUGGCCCUUCCACCCGCCAGUCCACUACCCCUUCUAAGUCUGUUCCGGUUGACCCCUUGCGGGCCAACGACCCGUGGGCUCGCUUUACCAGGGCUAGUCUUAGCGUCCAAACUGUUGUCGAGUCGCGCGUUGUUGGUGCUGAAAAGCGUCUUGCAGAUCAAAUGCAGUCCAUGCUGACUUCUGCACGCCUUGAGUUUGAAGAGCAACUUGAGAAAUUGCGUCAGGACCAAGCCUCUGUGAUGCAAACGUCUGGCCCUCAGACGGACGUUGAUGCUCGCGUCACCAGUGCAGAGCAGCGCAUCGCCGAUCAGAUGCAGACCACGUUUCAGUCCAUGCGUCAGGAGCUUGGGCAGCAGUGUGACACCUUGCGUCAGGAGCAAGCUUCUUCUAGCAAGCUACUUGCUGACACUGUUAGCCAUGUGCGCCAAAUUGAGGCUAACGUUGUUGGUCAAGUUCAGGACUUGAAAACACAACAACAGGCUGGCGUGGAAGAGCGGUUGCUUGCAGCCAUUGCUUCCAGUGGCGCCAAGCCUAGCCCAUCCCGCAAAGCUCCCCGUGCCACUUGA